ACAGCUUUUAGCAAAUGCUGCAAGGAGAAAGGUUUUUUAAUGGUUAUAAAAUGCAGAGAAGAAAAUGCUGCACUUAAGGAAUGCCUUACUUACCAUUAUAAAGAUUCAGCAUUAUAUGAAGAAUGUAAACAAGAAUAUCUAAAGGAGAGGGAAGAAUUCCGUCAAACUGGCAUUCCUGCAAAAAAAAGGCAGCAGAAAGUACCUACCAACAUGUAGAAGGUGCCACUUGAAGAAACCAGAACUGACUGAGAGACCAUACACCUGAAACCUGCUAAUCAUGAAGAGUCAUUCAUCAUGUUUAAGCAAUAUAAUUUACAAUUGCUACAUUAUGUCAGAUUGAUUUUUGUAAUUUUUAUAAAUUAGGAAAUUGAACUACUGCUGUUUGUAAUUCAGUACUUUUCAAAUUUUAUAGUGGAAAUCUCGUAAAUUUAUUUUACAUUGCUUCUUUCAUGCAGGAUUCCAUAAUUAUAGACUAAGACACAUAUUUCAGUUGAAUGUCCAAUUAUUUUGUAAAGUAUAUCUUGUGCUGAUCAGAAUGUAGCUUCUCAGUCUUUCUUCGCUGAAUGCUUUCAUUGCUUUGCAAGGUGUACAGGAUGGCUGGUUCGACCCUCAUAAAAAGGUCUCUGACAUACUGAUUGAAAGUCACAGGUUACAGCAUCUGCUGAAGGAAAGACAGACUUGCUUUCUUCAGGAAGAAAGUUUUACUGUAGAGAACCGAGAGACGACCUGAGCUGGUGGAAAUCCAGUUCACAGCCCCAAGUUGUUCAACCAAUCCCAUAGUUUUUGGUAGGCAAAAGGUACCAAAGUUUUGUCAUUAUUACCAUGUAACUGCUGGUUACUUGAGUUACUCCUUCAGUUUUGAGAUGGGAAUUUUGCCACAAUAAAAGCCAAUUGCACAAACUGCCCUGAUAUCACUCAAUGUUAGGACCCCAUAUGCUCAGCCAUUGGACCUCUAGGCAGAAUGUCCAUGAAUCCAGUAAAUAUUGCAACUUAGAGAAGUAGAGCAUUGGAUCAGAAUGACUUUCUUUUCGAUAAUCUUGUUGUGCCUUUACGUCAUUUUCUCAGUUUUGGUUAGGAUUUGAUUUUUAUUUUGUGAGGGAGAAAUUAUUUGAAUUUCUUUGUCAGUUUCAGUUUGAUUGCGUUAUAAUUACUUUAUCCACCAGGCAUGGUUCCACACAGUCUCUUGAGUAAGUCAGUUUCAAUGUUUUAGCUGCAGGCCUGGUGAUAUUUGACUAUAGAUAUUGUGCCUGCCAUUCUUCCCAAGAAACCUCCAUGCAACAAUAAUGUGACUCUUUAAAGACCUCAACAAUGGACAGCUCAGCUGGACAAUGUUCAACAGCAGUCUGUUCAGCUUGAUUGGUUUUGCUGGCAAUUUCUACCAAAUGAUUUGAAAGCAUCUCUCACCCACAGCAUCAGUCCAGACUGACACCAUCAUGCUUGGUUCAUUGCCAGCUACACCCACUAGGAGCAGUGCCAAGUAACAGGCAGAAGUAGUACAAGAUCUGACUGUCAAAAGACUGGGCUUUUCUUUCACCAAGCUGGAUAUGAACAUUAGUUACUCUGUUUGCAGAGAGUUGGCCUUGGCACUAAUUCCCAAUUCCUUCACAGCCAUCCAGCACUGACAAACCCUGCAGAAAAUCUUUCGUGAUGACAGGAGAUGGUCACUAGCCUUUCCUCCCUCCUGACCCCAGACAACAGUUUGUCAUUUCAUCCUCAAAUCAAUACUCCGUCUACUUUCACUUUACUUUGAGUGAGGGCGCCUGAAAAUCCCUAAAAAGUACCUAUUCUGCAUAUAUCCAAAACACUUUCCUCUGCUUUAGUAUGUACUAAUACUAUUUGCCUCACUUCACCUCUUGGUACAAUUGUCACAUGCAACUCACUAACUGCCUUAUCCUCAUGAGCAUAAACUUCAACCUCUUUACCUGUGUUCUUAGGUACCUUCUGCCAUCUAUCGUUGCAGAUCUCCUACUGUAAUGGAAGUCUACAAUAAGGCAACUAUCAAAGGUGGUCUUGAGGUCAAACAUAAGAACUAGGAGCAGGAGUAGGCCGCCUGGCCCUUCGAGCCUGCUCCGCCAUUCAAUAAGAUCAUGGCUGAUCCUUUUGUGGACUCAGAUCCACUUACCCUCGUUCUCACCGUAUCCCUUAAUUCCUUUAUUGUUCAAAAAAAACUACCUUUUUUUUAAAAACAUUUACUGAAGUAGCGUCAACUACUUCACUGGGCAAGGAAUUCCAUAGAUUAACAACCCUCUGGGUGAAGAAAUUCCUUCUCAGUUCAGUUCUAAAUCUGCUCCCUCUAAUCUUGAGGCUAUGCCCUCUUGUCCUAGCUUCACCUGCCAGUGGAAACAUCCUCUCUACUUCUAUCUUAUCUAUUCCUUUCAUAAUUUUAUAUGUUUCUAUAACAACUACCAGAGCAUGAAAUGGAAACAAACGGAGAAGCAAAAUAAUCAGGCCAUAGAGCCAACACUUAGCAGCUACCCUGUUGACCUAAUGAUCAAAAUCAAACACUCCAGUUUCCACCCAUGACCGCCAUCUUUGUUAUUUGCUCCCCUCACCAGUCUGUGUUUGUGUGUGUAUAUGUCUGUGUGUGUCUUUGAGGGUGAGCAGGGCAGGGAGAGGUGAUCGGGGGAGGAAUAGUGGUGUACAAAUGCCAGAUGGCAAUGGCUCAAGACCGUUGGCCGUAGUGCUGUGUCUUGUGACAGCAGUAUAUUACAACUUUGCCUAUUCCAUCUCAGAGUGCCCAGUCACUUUUUGGUGGGGAUCAAGACAGGCUGCACAGGAUACCCUGCAAAGUUGGAGCCAGCAUCAGCUCCUACAUGAGUCAGCUAGCAUUCGGUAGGGCCUGCCUUAGCCCCUGACCCUUUUUGUACAAUCUGAGCAGCCAGACAUGCAUUCCACACAUAUACGCAAAGUAGGGGAGGGGUUAAGAGGGCAUACUUAGGCAUUGGGGGAAGACCAAGUAAGAAAAUGUAGAAAGUUGCAUCAUUGAUAAAUUUUAAUUUUCUUUGAAUAAAAGAAAUGUUUUUGAAAGUUUU